AUGCCAGCUCAGGCUGAUGAAAUCACAUGGCAUCACUGCGAUAAGCAGCUUUUUACUGCAUCAGGGGUCACAGCACUGAAGCAGGAAGUUUCGUGGAAGCAGUGGACAGCGGCUCCUGGGACUGUAUAUCCGACUGCUGUACUCUCUAACGUCACCACUGCGGCCCAGCCAGCCUGCGGACUUCCACUGAUCACCAGUCGGAUAGUUGGCGGUACGGAUGCUACUGAAGGAGAAUGGCCCUGGCAGAUCAGCAUGCGGUACCUUGGUUCUCAUAUAUGCGGGGGGUCUCUAAUCUCCAACCAGUGGAUACUGACGGCUGCACACUGCUUUGGAUCGUCUCAAAAUCCAUCAGACUACACCAUUGUCCUGGGCGAGUACCAGCUGGAUGUUACCAGCCCUCACCAGAUCACCUCCGGAGUGCGGAGUAUAACGGUGAACUCCCAGUACACCAGUGUGGGAUCCAACGGAGACAUUGCUCUGAUGGAACUGUCCAGUCCUAUCACCUAUACCGAGUACAUCCUUCCGGUGUGCGUGCCUACAGCCUCGAUGAGCUUCCCGUCCGGGAUGAACUGCUGGGUAACUGGAUGGGGUACCAUAGGAUAUGGCGUGACCCUUCCAUCCCCGGGAACUCUGCAGCAAGUGCAGGUGCCACUAAUCAACAACAGUGCAUGCAACCAGAUGUACCUCACCGGCUCCACUGCUACUCCUGGCUCCACAAUCAUCCCUAGCGACCAGAUCUGUGCCGGCUACCAGGCUGGGCAGAAGGACUCCUGCCAGGGAGACUCUGGAGGACCCCUGGUUUGUGCCGUUCAGGGCGUUUGGUUUCUAGUGGGCGUUGUGAGCUGGGGAAAUGGGUGCGCCUUGGCUAACCGGCCCGGAGUUUACACCUAUGUACCUGAUUACUAUAGUUGGAUCAAUAGCAAAGAAGCCAGUGGAGCAUCAAGAAGCGUCAUGUCCCCAUUUUCUGUUUUGAUGGCAUCAUUGUUGCUCCUAAUGACCUGUUAAUUA